AUGGCUGCAACUUCACACACUCUCUCUUCACGCCUCCUGACAGGUCGGGUAGGAAGAUGUGCCUGGUACCUGGAAAGAAGAGCUGCACAGGAAUCCCCUCACAAAUUUAUGAGGCUUUUCAGGAAUGUCAAUAAGCAGUGUAUUACAUUUCAGCACUUUAACUUCCUUAAGCGCAUGUAUGUCACACAACUGAACAGAAGCCUCAACCAGCAAGUAAAGCCUAAGCCAGAACCAGUGACACAUUUUCUUGAAAAAACGUCUUCAAAUGAAGCCAAAGAAAUAUUUGAGAUGAGAUCUCUUUCACCGCCUAGCCUAUCUUUGUCCAGAAAACCAAGUGGAAAGGAGUUGAUAGAACUAGACUCUUCCUCAAUAGUUGAAGGCUCAGUAGAAGUGGAAAAAGAGACAAAAGAUGAAAGACAAUGGAAAGAGAUGAAGCUGCAGCUGGAUGACUUGCCAGGAAUUUUGGCUCGACUCUCCAAGAUCAAACUCACAGCUCUAGUUGUAAGUACCACGUCCGCUGGAUUUGCACUGGCCCCAGGACCCUUCGACUUACCAUGCUUCUUGCUCACUUGUUUUGGAACCGGCCUGGCAUCCUGUGCUGCCAACUCCAUCAAUCAGUUUUUUGAAGUACCUUUUGACUCAAACAUGAAUAGGACAAAGAACAGACCUCUAGUUCGUGGACAGAUCAGUCCAUUGUUCGCCGUGUCCUUUGCCACUUGCUGUGCCGUUUCAGGAGUUGCUCUGCUGGCCUGGGGGGUAAAUCCACUCACAGGGCUCCUGGGAGCCUUCAACAUUUUCCUGUACACCUGCUGUUACACCCCACUGAAGAGGAUCAGCAUAGUGAACACAUGGGUCGGAGCAGUGGUUGGGGCCAUCCCACCGGUGAUGGGCUGGACAGCGGCCACUGGCAGCCUCGAUGCUGGAGCCUUUCUUCUGGGAGGAAUCCUGUACUCCUGGCAGUUCCCUCACUUCAACGCCCUGAGCUGGGGCCUCUGGGAAGACUAUUCCCGUGCGGGUUUCUGCAUGAUGUCGGUCACACACCCCGGCCUGUGCAGGCGCGUGGCCCUGCACCACUGCCUUGCGCUCAUCGGAUUGUGCACCACCGCCCCGCUCCUGGACGUCACCACGUGGACCUUCCCCGUCAUCUCCCUGCCCAUCAACUUGUACAUCUCCUACCUCGGCUUCCGGUUCUACAGGGAUGCGGACAGGAAGAACUCCAGGAAGCUCUUCUUCUGCACCCUGUGGCACCUGCCACUGCUGCUGCUGCUCAUGCUCACCUGCAAGCGGCCAGAGGACAGGAGAGGGGACAAGGAGCCCCGGGGCUGA